AUGUCUGCCACCGCCAUCCGCAUCCGCUCCGGCGACCUCCUCGCGUUCCCCGCCUCCGCCAGGCGGGCCGUGGCUGCCGCCUCGGUCGUCUCGUUCCGGACGAGGGCGCCGGCGGCGGGGCGCGUGGCGGUCAGGGUCGUCGCCGCGGCCGAGGGCGCGGGGGCGGAGGCGGAGGCGGAAGGAAAGCCCAAGCCGAAGAAGAGGGCGGCCAGCGGCAUCAUGAAGCCCAAGCCGAUUUCGCCGGAGCUCAGAGAGUUCGUCGGAGGCGCGGCCGAGCUGCCCAGGACCGAGGCGCUCAAGAUCAUCUGGGCGCACAUCAAGGGGAACAAUCUCCAGGAUCCUGCGAACAAGAAGAUAAUAGUCUGUGAUGAUAAACUGAAGAAGAUAUUUGGAGGACGUGACCGUGUUGGGUUUCUUGAAAUCUCUGGGCUCCUCAAUCCCCACUUCCAGAAAUGAUAGGAUUUAUGUAGAUCUUGCUCUUUUUUGUAUUAGCUAAGACCGUUGUGUUGGUAUCUUUAGCGAACCUGGUAUGAGAGUUCCAUGAUUGUUGACGAAUGGUACAUGUGUUCUCUGAGUGCAUGUUAAUCUAGUGUUUGCAGCAAAUGUUUUGCUGGCUUUUGGCUCGUGAUUAAA